AUGGUCUGCCCUUCGAACUUCGUCUGGUCCGCAUUCUUCUUUCUUCUUGUCGCUUCGAGUGAGUUCACACAAAAGUAAAUUGGGGUACUGCAUCGGUCACCUGCUAUCAGAAGUUCCAGAAUACUUAAGAGUGUUCGCACGAAAUUUUCCAGUAUGGACCAUAUGGUCCGAACUAUUUGAUCGAGAGCAUUCCGAACACUUUCAGUUUCUUUUAUAUUAGUCCUAAAAUUCGAAAUAAAAGACAUUACCUUCUCAAAAAGCUGCCAGUUGUUACCUUAGUCACUAAAAAUCCAAUGACAUGUUUGGUGUCACUGAAUCAGUGAGGAUUUUCCCCUGCUAAAUGCAAAUAAUCUUUCCGUUUUAGACUUCCACUCUUGAAAACUCGUCAGAAAUCACAAAAGAUGCUCUUGUGUCUGUCACUGAUCUUUUGAAGUCAGACAGAGAAUCAUACGGCUCAAUUUCUGAUGAUUCACAUUCUGUGUUUGACUACAGAACGACUCGAUUUCACAUUUGAAUAUUUUCGCUCUCCUACCAGAAAUAUGAGAAGCUUCUCAUCGGAUUCCAUAAGAUUUGAACGCUCUCACUUUUCCCAUUUUCUAAAAAAGAACAAUGAUAUAGCGAGAACAGGCGACCAUCGGAGAUAACCAUAGAAUCGAAAGCAGUGUUUCACCUGGAACGGAGAGCGAAAAGAUAUGGGAAGCGCAGAAAUCGAAAUCAGGUUCUUCCAUUGCGUAAUACGGUCGUAUUUAGCAUGGCGCUGCGAAGCUACUUCCGUCGUGACUUGCAUGCUAUGCACAGUGAUCACGGAGCCGCUGGAGAAGGAUAUGACUCCCACUGCUACGGUCACUGCCAUGCUGAAGUGAGUGAAUGAGCUCAAUGUGAGCUCAAUCAAGUCUUAUACAGGAAGUGCGACAAAAUGGGAUUGAUGGAACCCGUGUGCGUGCAGUUCGUUUCGGAGAACGUGAAAGAGGUUUUCCUACGAGUAAGACAAGGCAUUCCGCCUUCCACUGUUUGCCAGAUGCUGCGAUUCUGUGACCUUCAGUAA